GCCGGGUAUCUUCUUUGUGUCUGGCUCUGCUUCGAGUUUUAUUCUCCUGUUUUUGAGGCAGCCAGGCGCGAGGAAACCGGUAAGAGGAGGCACUCGUGGCCCUUGUCUGCUUUUCCGCACGCUGAUGCCUAGACCUUGGCUGGUGUGUCUUACAAGCCCGUUGCGGAACUCGUUUUUCAGUUGCCGAUCUGGAAAACGCCUAAAAUCGAACAGAGUUUUUCUUUCCUAAGGAGUUCUGGGAAACCCACGUGUCUUGUCAGUCUCCCAGGUUGAAGGGGGACUUCGAAUUUUGUCUCAUUUCCUCGGUCCGCGCGCUGCAAGGGGGCAAGAUUUCCGCACUCUGCCUCCGAGUCGACCCGGGGCUCAGACUCCCAGCCGGUUUUUUGCCUGCUUCCGUUCCCUUUGCUCUGCUCGCUGGUUUCCACACAUUGAUGAACACAAACCCUCAUCAGCUUCAGGGAACGUUUGUGCAUUUGAAGGCUAGCCCGGGUCCCACGUGAAGUGGUCGAAUGUAUGUACACCUGCGCCGGGAACGGUUCCGUUUUCCCGUGGCUGCCUCGUUGUUCGUGCGGGACGCCCCUUCGCAGUUGUACAGGUUUACGUCUCCGAUUUUCACUUUAACCGAAAAACCUCUUGGUUUGUCUUUCGGCUUGUCUGCACGUAGUUUGCAGCGCCGUUUAUGUCUUUCUCUCUUUCCUGCGACGGAGAUACUGUCAUGAAAAGCCUUUGUGUCUUCUUCGCUUUUCCUUCGGCUCGCUCGUGGCACAGAUUUCUCUCACGCUGGCAAGUCCCAUUGUUUUCCAGGGUGGCUUUGUCAACCUCUCCUUCUGUCUCGUUUUUCUCUUGUGCGGGUGGCAAGCGUGCGGUGAAUUGAGAUCGAGAAUUCCCGUUCUCGCCUUUGCUGGUCCCGAUCCGACUACCAACCGUUCUACCUGCACCGUCCAGGGACACAAGUCUCAUCGCCGAUAGCUGUAAAUCUUCAGUCGCCACUGUGUCAUGCCGUUGCAAUUCGUCUGCAACUUCAAAGUCGGUUUUCAGGACUCAAAGCCGGUUGUCCAGACUGCUUUCGUGUUUUGUAGGCAACUUGCCUUCUCUCUGUCUGUUUCGUUUUUCUGCCCCCGUCCUCGCUCCUCUCCUUCGAUUCUUUAUCGGUCCCUCUCCCACUGUCUCGCGCUGGCCAAGAUGAUUCCUUCGUCUAACAAAAUCAGUUCAGAUUUUUCUCCGUCCGUCUCUGUUUUCUGCGCGUCGCUGUCUCCGCAGACACCUCCCACGAGCCAUGGGGGCAUGUCCCUCGCUCGGUGACAGAUUCCUCUCGUUUUCCACUUUUGCGUUCCUUUCGGUGGUCUGUUUCGUCCACGAAGGUGCCAUCGCGUUUCUUGUCUGCUGACAGACGAACGCCGAAACCAACUGUGCGGUCUUCUCCGCUGCUUUCGCCUCUUUGCUCGUCUCAUCUGUGUCGCACCUUGGUGCAAAGACAUCGCCAGUUCAUCUUCUCUCGCCCUCGCGACCUUAUCAGAUUUCUCCUCAGAGCUCUGUUCACAUUUCUCUCAAUUCCCCACCUUCCACGUAUUACUCUCUUCUUCGCUGUCGACCUCCACAGCGGUCUGCGUCUCCCCCUGUGUCGAUUUCUCUCCAAGUUCAUGAGAGGCGUCUCUUCUUCAGUCUCCUCUCCACACCUGUCUCGCGCGUUGGUUCCGUCCGCAAAAAAAAACAAGUCCGUUGAUCUUGCAGUCCGGAUACAAGCUUGUAAAUGUAAGUCUCCAUCGGCACAAAAUGGCGCACGCUCCGUCUCGCUCUCCUCCUUCUUCUCCCCUUCCUCCCACACCGUCUGGUCCUCCUUCUUCUCUCCCUGCUAAGUCUUUCGUCUUACCUUCGACGUCUUCCCCUUCUCCUCCUAAAUCUUCUCCAACUCCAUUGUCUUCUCCUCAGCCUCCCCCUUCCUCUCCUCUGCCCCCUUCUCCCCCUUCUCCUCCUGCUCCUCCGCCUUCUGCUCCUUCUCCUUCUCCUCCUCCUUCUUCUCGUUCGCCGGCUGAGCACUUGUACGAACUGGCUGCCGAGCGUCACCCUGCUCGAUGCACAGCGAUUGACAGAAGCGAUUCUCGUCCUCCGGACGAGGAGAUUCGUCGGGACGGUUUCUCUCGUCCGCUGCAGGCGUUCCAGAUCUUGUCGUGGCUGUGUUUCGCGGCCGAUGUGUUCCUCUUCUACUUGGUCUUGGUCCCCAGCAUGUGCUUCGCUCUUCAAGUCGCGGGCGGCGUCGCCUUCGGUCUCUGCGCCCUCGCCGUCUUCGCCUGCGGCUGGAUCGCGACCACGACUGACCCGAUCGACCCGGUGGCGUUCCUCAGUGGGCCGUUCUCGUCUGCGCCUGCUCCGGAGGUCCAUCCCGACAUGCGCGAGUGCGACGUCUGCGGCUUCGUACACGAGCGCAGCAAACACUGUCGCGUCUGCAACAAGUGCGUCGACGGCUUUGACCAUCACUGCAUGUGGAUCAACAACUGCGUGGGCGAGAAGAACUACCGGCCUUUCUUCGCGCUCCUCGUCUUCACCGCGGCGAUGACGGCUGCUGUCUUCCUCCUCGCCGUUGGGUGUGUCGUCGAGGAGGCGGUAUGGGGCUCUGCCGGCGAGCGCUGGCGCGCCGCCUAUGGCUGGUUCGCCUCUGGAGCGUUCUACGCGCUUCUCGCGCUGCCCAUCGCGCUGAACGGACCGCUCUUCGCCCUCGUUGCCCAGUUGCUCGCGCUGCACAUCUACCUCGUCCGGCACCACCUCACGACCUUCGAGUACAUCACUCUGAGAGUCCACGAAGAAGACCCUGCGCCCUCGGGUGCUCCAGAGAAGAAGAAACUUCGCGCAUGGGCCGAGUGGAUCGUCAUCGACCGCCAGCGGCUGCGACGCGCGAAGAAACGUGGCCUGAUGCGCGACCUCAGCGACGUCAGUCAGUGCACACCGGUUCGCCCUGCAGACUUUGUCCCACCGCGCGACAGUCUCCAGCCAGACAGGCAUCCUGCAGAGAGGUGCGACGGCGACGCGGCCCCGCCGACGCCCGGCGGCCCCCAGGGGCGGCCUUCUGGGGUGUCUCCGCAGCUCGCGGCGCCUUCGCCUGCUCUCCAUGACUGCGGGAGCGCGGCAAGUCCAGUUGUGUCUGACUCGGUGGAAGAUACUCAAAAGUCGCAGGUCUGAAAAGCGAAGAAAGCGAAGAGAGAGAAGUCGGGGAAGCCGCGGCGGUAGCCGUGUAGAGAGACUCGACAGCGUCGCGCAGCGGGAGACGCACUGGCCGAGGGGCGCAAGCAGAGCUCGAUUUGGACGAGAAAGAGGUUGGGAGGAGGAACGUCAGAUAUUUUUCGCAAAGGCUCACGGCCACCGGAAGAAAGAAGCCGCAUGCAUGCGUCAGAGUGUGGGUGUGUGUACGAUUGUGUUCGAGUGUGCGUACACCAAGUGCGUGUCAGCACUUAGGCUCUCUGUAGGACAUGCGUGGAUUUUUCAUCGAGUUUCUCGAACGGGAGACGCAAGUUGGAAAGUCUCGCUUCCUCCCGGAGCUGUCCGUUGUUUCACUACCUCUGCGUUGAAGGCGUCUUGAGGCGAAUCGGCAGAGUUCGUUUCUGUUUUUUAAGCAUGCAUUUUCCGAACAGACUGGCGUCGGGAGGCGACAGCCAAAGUGACUGUGCAGGACACCGUCGUGCAAGAGAGUGGAGAAGAGUCGAGGAAGGAGGAGAGGCCGGCGGGGAGAAAAAGAGAAAAAAAGGAAGAGAGUGAGAAACCAAGGGAGCGGGAGGACAAGGAAGCAGACGGGAGAAACGAAGAGGAGGUGGACUCAUUCGGCGUUGUUUUUUCAGAAAGAAGAGAGAAGAAAUGAAACUUUCAGAGACUCGAGGGAUGAGGAAAGCUCCUUUCACUUCUUUUUUGUGGUAUGUUCAAAACGGCUUUCCGCUUUGUCUGGCAAACACGUUUAUCGCGUCAAAAUGAAUUUUCAGAUUCCUCUCGGUCACUUUGUCUCCUGCGAAAACGGGUGGACAAGGCAGAAGCGACAUCUUUGACAGUUUCGAGUCCCGCCUUUGCCUCUUCUCCUUCGCCGACCUCUUCCCUGCUUCCGCUCUGCUCACGACGGUCUCGCUUCUUCCUUUUUCUCGUGUCUUUUUGGGUCCAAACAACUGAACCUUCUGAAGUGCCUAGCGGCCGCCCACAUCGCUUCCGCUUUCUUGCUUUCUGUCUUUUCGAGUCGAUCUCUCUACCUCUGUCUCUGUCUACGGCGGAACUCGUGUCGGAGCCCAGAGCUGAACCACGUUGUGAGUCUGACACAGUGUACUCGCCCCGCGGCAGCAUGCAGGUUGAGACUUCGCUUGAUCGCCAGAAGAGUUUUCCAGCGUUCAGCUCGACUUCAGAAGGGUCUUCUUCACUCCUUCGGCGUUAAACGUCGAGUAGAAGGUGCAGCGCAGGGUGGCAGUUCAGAGUUUGACAUUCGGAACGACAGCGCUGGUUUUUUUGACUGGAGGGAGUCUCCGACGUUGUGUUUGUCAACUCGACCCGCACAACGGAGUCGCAAGAAGCAAUCUCCCUUUGCAGUGAAAACUCCCCAAAAAUGCUAGAAAGGCUUGCUCGUGUUAGUCAACAGUAAAGAGAUAAGUGAACUUUCUGUGAGCAGAGGACCGAUCUGAGGACGGAAUCGCGAAUUCGCAACAGCGAAAGAUCCACGCGGGAGACGAUUCGCGGCUUCUCUCUCUUACCUGCACGGGUCCGGCACUCCGAACAAGAGUUUUUUCCAGCAACCAGUCCCCAGAGAAGACGGUUGAAAUGGUUUCCAGAAUCUCUUCUUUCAGGAACCCCCAUGGGACCGAUCCGAGUCACGUUUGCGUUCGAGACUUGUGCGUCCGUUUGUGGCAUUCCACGUUUGGUGGCGGGUCUGCCGAGUCUGGACGCACCCUGCCGUCGCGAGAGAUGCGGAACGGAUUCUUCUGCAGCAGGAGUAACUGUCUUCGCCGCGGUCUGUUACCGGGCUCGUCUUCGCUUCAUCGAGAAGUGGAGCUCCACGGUCCUGUUGCCACACGCGUCAGGGCGUCUUCGCUAGAGUGUCGCAACAAAGCUGGGGGCUGGCACAACUUCCGAACGCCCAGGAGAGAAUGGCACUGGAGACAGGCCGCAUCCCCCGAAGAAACGGCGACCAAGGCCGGCUCGUUGGACUGCGAAGGAUCCUUUAAAAGACGCGUCGAACCCACCCAAGAGUCGCUGAAAGAUCCAGCGAACAUUUCUACAACCAGCAUUUCAAGCUGUCCAAAUACCAUGAAAUUCCCUUCAGUCUGUACGGAGUAGACGCCGAUGUAAAAAACCAGUCUUGAGAACACGCCCGUCGUCACGGAAAAAAACAUCACGAUUUAGAUCGGUUGAUACAGAAUGUCAGCCUGGUCGUAAAGUAGGCGAGGGCCAACAGGUCAGAUGGAAUUGCGAGACCUAGUCCUCAGAGGCUGUUCCCGCUUCUGAAGUCGACUCAUUCCUCGGUUCGUUUCCAAGCAGAGCAUGGAAAACACAAAGGAACCUGGGUCAAAUCCAGCAGAAAAGUCCAUCUCGCACUUUCAAGGUCCCCGAUCUACGUCUUCCAUCUGACUUCUAUAACGGAUAGGAGGCAACUAAAGGCGGGGUAUCUGUGUGCCUGAGGGUUGAGAAGAAAUGGAAAGGAAAGACGCGUGCAGAGACUGGGGGAU